CUAACGGUAUUGACAUCGCUGAAAUGAUGGCCGUGUUUCGCGCAAUUUCUGUGGGUCAAUAUUCGUCGCUCGGUGUAUGAAGUACUGAAAAAACAGCCAUGGAUGAGCUGGCAUGUCCACGAUGCCGGACAACAAAGUAUCGCAACCCUUCAUUGCGGCUUUUGGUGAAUGUCUGCGGCCAUGCCCUGUGUGAAAACUGCGUUGAGCUUCUCUUUGUUAAAGGUUCAGGGGCCUGCCCACAGUGCAAUGUGCCUUUGAGAAGAGGCAAUUUCCGGCUGCAAAUUUUCGAAGAUUCGAAAGUAGAGAAGGAGGUGGACAUACGGCGGAAGAUACUCAAGGACUACAACAAGCGUGAGGAGGACUUUGAGACAUUGCGGGCUUACAAUGACUACCUCGAGGAAGUUGAAACCAUAAUUUACAACCUUGCUAAUGAAAUCGAUGUUGAGGCAACACGACGGAAAGUUGAGCAAUACAAAAGGGAAAACAAGGCCCAAAUACAGAAAGGAAAGCUUAAAGCAUCAAAAGAUGAAGAGUACUUGGAAGAGAUUUUGGAGCAAGAGCGACAGGAGACCGAGCUGCGACGAGACCAGCUGGCAGAAGUGGAGAAAGCUGCACAGCGUGAGAAGCUGAAGCAGAAGGAGUCGCUGAUCGAUGACCUGAUGUUCUCGGAUAUGCCAGCCAGCAAAAUCCUUGCCAGCCACGGAGACAAGCUUAAACAGGUGGCAGGUCCAAAGCCACUACCUCCGAAGCCACUUGCCGCGGAGUUCUCCACGGGCAUUAAGUUCCGACACAAGGAGGCUUUCCUUCCCAUACCAAAGGUUGUCGAAGGCCCACUGUACAAGUACACAGCCCCCACACUGGACCUCUGCGGGCCAACAGCCCCGAGCUUGGAGUCUCUUUCACCUUUAGGCUACACAAAUCACGUGCGAGCCACAGUGGAAGCGGAGGAGGCCGGAGGUUUCCUGGCAGGGCUAGCGUGCCAGAGGGCACUGCAAGAUGCAUUUUGCGGUCUACAUUUCAAGGUGGCUGAAGAGGUCUCAUGACCGCCCGGUGUGCACCCAGCCGUCUUCAUCAUAUGUACAUGCACUUUUUGUAAUAUAGUCAGCGACAAGCUAUUUCCCGUGAUAAAAGCUGCGCUUACACAUGCUAGAUUGCACAGGUGUACCUUUGUUUCACGGAUUCCAUGUGCUCUCGUAUUAUGUCAUGUCGAUUUUGAUGCUAAUGAACAGAAAGGGCCACGAUUGAAUAAGGAAAUAAGGUAUUCAGCUUCAAAGCUAUGGAAAGCUUACAUUCUGCUCAAAUUACUUGUGGAAAAUUUCUUUUUCAUAUAAAUCCUUGAGCACAUGGGCACGUUGCAGUAAACUGUACUAUUAAGAAAAGAGUACAACUUGGCAACUGCAAGUGGGCAGUCCAAAUGAAAAAAGAUUUCCCACAAAGAUGCAUUUGCAUUCGGUGCCCCGAUGCCACCUGUGCAUCAGCAAAUGUUUAUGCAUUGCAUACUUCCAUGUGCCGCUACCUGUAAUGUGACUAAGUUCCAACACCAUGGAGUUAUUUUCAGAAGUAUACUGAAUUGUUUUUGCGAAAACAGCAUACAACUGAGAAAUUGACGAUAUGCCUCACAAAAUGUCAUUACAUGCUUUUUGUCGAAACAGUUGGGAAAGAGAGCAACUUGACUUUUAAACACAAAAACGCAGAUUUUAUUAUUUUUUUUUUUCAAGUUAGGGUUGAGGAAUGGUACUCAGUUUGCAUUUAGGAUUUUUUGCGACAGUGUAAAGAUUGAAAAUAAGCAUCAGAAGACGUGUCUAUUGCAUGGCUCUAGAUACAACACAAGGUUAGGCUGGGAAAUGCAGUGGAAAAAUUAUUUUCAGACUUUUACGAUUAUGCAAGCCUG